AUGGCUUCAUACACGGAGUCGGAGCCGGUGUUCACCAACCGAUGUGAGACCGUUGGCCUAGGCGGUGAGGCCCUGACCAAAUUGAAGGCGCUGCGUCAGAUUCCGAGCUCAGAAGCACUUGGGAAGGAGAGUGAUGCAGGCCAGAAAGCAUCCUGGCGCAGGCUAUUCCAUGAAGCUUAUGCCGUGGCUACUCAAGAGCUUAAGACGAUGGCCGAGCGGCCAGAUGAGCCAGGGCCAAGGCGUCUGUCACAGCCAGAGAGAGCGGAGAGGUACCGAAUGAUCAAGGCAUCUGUUUCAGGGAUCGAUAUCAAGGAUCGGAACGAGCCGAGCGAUGCAUUGCUGGACUUGUGUGUGGGCAUCUACGAAGGGAAUCGCUUUCGCUAUGUUUCUUGGGAUCGUUGCACAUCCAAGUCCCAGGAGCUCUCGAGUGAGGCGAAGCGUGACAGCAUGCUCACUGUGGAUUCCCAGGGGCGCUUGAAGGCUGAAGCUAAGAGCGAUCACAUUAAAGCUGACACGAGUUCGGAGAUUUUGUUGCAGUUCGCACUCUUGCGAAGAGGUCUUGCAUUGGAAAUGUCGAACUUGCUCGACUUUCGUUUGCAUCGCAGGUGGGCCGAAAAAUUGAUAGAGACAAGGAUGGCCGCCCAACUCGACACGCAUUCGCAAGUGUCUUUCGCCCAAUUGGAGGCGUCGGACCAGAAGUUCUUCCAGGAAUUAGCGGACAGGACUCGCGAUGGAGUCCAGGCCACCGCCCUCGGUCGCCCGUUGGACGACUGCUUCGACGAAGUUUUCAAUUUGCCAGAGGUCACGCAUGUGAUGCAGCCGCUGCCUAAGCCUAGCGGUCGUGUGGAGCCACCUCCGAAGCCGCGCUGGAGCCCGUAUGAUCGUCCCUCAAAGGGUGGUCGGAAAGGCAAGAGCCCAGGCACAGGUAAAAGCACGCCAAGGAUGCCCAGGGAGCUUGUUGGCUGCAAGGCAUGCACCAAUCGGGGCGACCCAAUCUGUUUUGGGUAUGGCUUGAAAACUUGCUCUGAGCAAGUGAAGGGCGGUCGCUGCCCAAAGGGGCUGCACGUAUGCGCCGUGGGUCAAGAUGAGAUGGCGGCGAUGCCAUCAGUGAAGGGAAGUGGGCAGCUCGGAGUGGGCUCGCCCAAGCGAGCGCGGUCAAGGGACCGUGCUACCGCACAAGCUGUUGAUUCGGCCGAGGGGUCGGAUUCUGAAUCCUCAAUUUUCGCUGCUGAGCAAGUAGCUGCAGAGCCUAUACUUUGUAAAGAUCCUGAGCAAUUUUCUGCUGCCGCAUCACUUAAGAAGCCUUUAGAUCUCAGAGAUGUCGUGACCUUGUGUGAUUUGCUGGAGAGUGAAAUCCCGGCAAGAGGGAACAAUUCUGAUGACGAGUUCAGCUGGAGCACAGGGGCGUAUGUGCAUGGAGGUGUUCACGGAUGCCGACAACAUAUGCAUCAGUUCCCAGUGACCUCCGCAUUCCUUGCGAAGGUCUUCAAGGAAUACCACCCGAGGCUUCCAGUGACAUCAUUGUCUUUGACUCGCAAUGUGCGAACAGCCUUGCAUCUGGAUGCAAACAAUGCAUUGUGCUAUCUGAACGGCUUGAUUAAGGACGCAAGCGGGGACACCGUGUGCCCCACCGAUCCUUCUCUUCUGGGCUCACACCUCGACUUCAGAGACUCCACUCUUGCCUUUGAUCCGCAUAAGAAGCACCUUACAUUGCCUUGGACGCAGGGCCCACGUAUCGUUCUAAUCGGUUUUGUGGUCAAAGCCACCGCUGAGAUUCCAGAUCAAGAUGCCGAGAUGCUGCUUCGAGCCGCUUGGAUCGCGCAUAGUACCUUCUCUGGACUGUCUUCAAGAUCCUUAGUCCCGAAGGCAAAGAGCUCCCGCGGAGCUCCUCUUGCGAUCCAACUUUGCGCCGGGUCAGGCCUUCUGUCAGCUUCCGUCAAAGCUGCAAACAUAGACACUUUGGCGGUUGAUUUUCACGGGAAUCGAUCUAGGCCUUAUGUGCAUGUUGUCGGCCUCGAUCUUACGUUGCCAGCCUCUUGGGAGUACUUGACGACCGUUCUUGAAACCAGACAAGUUGUUCAUGUACAUGUGACUCCCCCAGCUGGGACCACGCGACGAUCGCGUGCAAAGCAGUCGCUUCGAAGUGCUUCCCACCCGUGGGGUGUGCCAGGUCAGGAUUCGUCUGUGUUGGCUCGUCUCCAGUCGGCCAACCGCAUCUUUAUUCAGCUGGGAGCCUUUUUGCUUCGGGCUCGGGAACUUGGGGUGGCGUUCUCGCUUAUGCACCCCAUGUCCUCUUGGCUUUGGGAGCUGCCUCCCUUCGCCGACCUGCUCAAGGUCUCUUCUGAGGUACCAGUGUAUCUGAUGUCUGACUUGCACAGGCUCCAGCAUUUUCGCUUAGUGUACACCUUGUGUGACCUGUCAUCGCUUGCCGCGGCUGACAGAACCGAUGCCAUGACGCAGAAACUCUUCUGUGAUCGUUUUGCUGCUGCCUUGUCCACUCAGGUUGCUGCCUCGGGUUUAGGCCCCUCCCCUCUUAGGCUCCCCGAGGUCCGUGCUGCGGCGCAAAACCAACCGAAGGCAUCCAAGCUGCCACCGCUUGUGCCAGAGUUUGCCUACACGCAACGUUUGACGUGUGAAGGCCCUCCACCUUUGGAUGCCAAGAAGCAGCUCACGCAUCCGUGGAAUGGCGUUCCCAAACAUGCCCGCCUCCUGCGCUCUUCCACUUCCGAAGGGGGGGCGACUGAGGAAUCCGCGCAGCAAGCGACCAACAUCUCUUCGCAGAAGCCUCGCCAUACUGAGUAUGUGUUCGGUGUGUAUCGCGAGCCGGUGCAAUUUGUGUAUCAGGCUGUCGCACUUCAGCAUCCGUUUGAUGCCGCCAGAGCUCUUCCGGAUAAGCUUGUUCGUGUGCUCUUUGCCACGUUGACCAAAGGUCCCUUAUGCAUCAUGCGAAACAGGUUACUCCUGCUGCAGAAGUGGAAUCAGUGGGCAAAGGACCUUCGCUCAGAUGAGGCCUCUCUCCAGGCCUCCCUGCAUCCUUCGGUCCGCAAGGUUCUUCAGGGAAAGAAGCUGCUCCUUCUUGACAAGAUUGCAAGAUCACUUGACUGGCCCGACAAACACCUGCAUCGUGACCUGUGUGCAGGGUUCAAGUUGUCAGGUGUUCCUGAUCCUACAGGUGUUUUUGAGCCGGACCACAAGCCUGCCUUGUCUUCAGAGGAGCAAUUCUGGGACGCUGCCGAAGUUUUGAAGCAUCAGCUUUGGGCACGGGUGAGGGAGCAGCCGGCUCAGGAGUACGACGCGGAGCUGGCCGAAAUCACACUGGGCGAAACCGAUGUAUCUGGAGGAAAAGGAUGGCUCGAGGGUCCUUUGUCAUUCUCUGAGCUCCAGGAUCGCUUUAAAGGCCAGUGGAUGCCGUGCCGAAGGUUCGCUGUAUGGCAAAACAAGUGGAGGCCCAUCGAUGAUCUUAGCGAGUCGGGGCUCAAUGCAACAUUUGGCUGCCAUGAGAAGAUUCCGCUUAGGGCUUUGGACGAGGUGGUCUGGAUUUGCACAAAGAUAAUGCAGGCUGCCUCUGCUAGGGGCGAUGUCACGUUGCAACUGAGCUCGGGCGAAUCCUUGAAAGGCAAGCUGCAUGAACAUUGGGCCGACAAGGAGAAGAUCAGACCUGUCACUACAACAUUUGAUCUUAAAUCCGCUUACAAACAGCUUCCUCUUGCACCGGAGGAGCAAAGUAAGGCGAUAGUCACCAUUCGACAUCCGUCGCAGACCGAGCCGUCCGGCUACAUAUGCCACACUCUUCCUUUCGGAGCCUGUGGAUCUGUUCUUCACUUCAACAGAGUCUCGGCUCUGCUGAGAAGGAUUAUGCUUGAGAUGGAGAUCUUGACGGCGCUCUACUAUGACGACUAUCCAGUAGUGUCGCCAUGCCUCCUUGGCAACAGCACGGCAGCAGCCUUCACUUCAGUAAUGCGCCUUUUGGGGUUUAGGAUUGCUGAUGAUAAGGAUAAGCCUUUUUCGACGCGCUCGGAAACUUUGGGAGUUGUCAUAGACACGUCGGCUGAAGAUAUGUCGGGCGUGUAUGUGUGCAACAAACCUUCGAGGUCGCAGGCCAUCGCCGUUGCCAUUGAGGAGAUUAUCACCAGAGGGCACGUUGCACCUCGUGAGUUGCCUUCUUUGUUCGGCAGACUUCAGUUCGCCGAGGCACAGAUCCUUGGCAGGAUGGGCAGGUUGGCAAUUCACGAUCUCAGAAGCCUUGAGAGGUCUUCUGCUGCGCGCGUCAACCUCACAGCUCAGCAUCUUGAAGCUUUGUUGCUCUUGAAGGAGCGCGUUGUGUCCGGAGCUCCGAGAAAUGUGUCCGCUUCAGUUGCGACCAGUCCUAUCGUGAUCUUCACUGACGGCUGCUUCGAGCCGGAUGCUGCGAACCCCGCUGGGGUGGGGGGUGUAAUGUUCGCUCCUUCGUCUGGUGGAGGCUUGAAGGUAAGGGCCUUUGGCUCGCUUGUUCCAAAGACGCUGCUUGAAGCAUGGCACGCCAGGGGCAAGCGACACCUCAUAGGCCAGGUUGAGAUGUUCGCUGUCAUCAUUGCCAGGUCGUGGUGGGCAAACGUCCUGGACGGUGCCAGGGUCAUUUAUUUCGUGGAUCACAGCGGUGUGCUUGCCGCCUGCAUAAGCGGAUCCUCCAAAGAGGAUACAUGGAGAAAGCUUUUGUGCGCAUUCGAGAAAGCUGAUUCGCUGCCUGCCAUGCAGUGGUUCAGCCGUGUUCCCUCACACUCGAAUAUCUCUGAUGGACCGUCGAGAGGUCGCUGGGAGGGCCUUUUGAGAGCUUUCCCGGAGUGCGUGAUUGAUGAUCCUUGUUGCCCUUUGACAGGGACAAUGCUUCAGCGCUUCGUUUAG